AUGGCGAAAGGCGAAUACGUCGCGAGUCCGUUGCGACGUAUUGUACUAGGCCCUGAAGACACCGACGAGCUGGAAGUUGUCGCGAAGGCGAUCCUCGACGCGAACCUGAAAAGGUACCAGCAUUUCACGGAUGUCGACAACAGUAAAAUCAACUCGAACGAGUGGAAAUACAUCAAGAGCAAGGACCGAAUCAAAGUCUACGCUGAGCGUAGGCAGAAGCGACGACGCUCAGCCUUCCAGUCUCCACCACCGACUAGCGCAGACCCGGACUUACAGUCAAUGCUGUGUGUUGGCUCGAGUCCAGGGACACUGGACGAUGUCAUGCUUGGCAUUCUAAGUCCGACUCUCGAAGCUGCACGUACGAAGACUUCGUUCAUUGACGACCGCAGCGGGUCUGCUCUGCUCUCACUUGCCAAGGUACCGACAGCAGACGAGCCGUUCCAGUCUGUUGUGGUGAAUUGGAUGGAGCUGGAUAUACGACGUCGCUCUAUGGGGAUCGUUAAGAACCGCGACUACAUUUACCUUGAAGCUACAGGAAUGAAGCUGAUGCAGAACGGUGCACGACUUGGCUACCGUCUCUUGCACUCUGUGGACUUCCCUCAAGCGCAUCUACUAGAAGGACGAGUCCGUGCCAAGUUAUCAGUGUGCUGUUUCUUCCGACAAGAGACCGAGUCUGCAGUAUCGGUUUAUAUGAUGGGGAUGAUGGACCCAAUGAGCGACGGUGUUCGUCGUAUGGUGGUACCGUGUUUUGUUAAGAGAAUGCUGUCACCGCUUAAGUAUGCGCACUAUGGAGAAAUGAAGAAGCUGACGCAAGCUCUGGGUGAACGGUACGCAGAGUUGAAGACCCUCAAGUCGCGGGACCCUGAUCACAAGUGCGUGGCGUGCAAGAAACACUUGGGACGUCUAGGGAAACUUGUUGGACACCACAGUGCAUGCAAAUUGUGCUUCAAGCACGUCUGCAACUCGUGUCGAGUUGAGAAGGAGAUGAGCUUCGUGACGUUGGAUCUCAAGAUGACGCAGCGGAAAGUCACCUUUUGUCCCACUUGUGUCACUGAUGCGACUGUAGAGGACCCACCCGAGUUGCCUGAUGUCGAGACGCGAAGUCAGGCUGUCAACUACCAACGCAACAACUCGGUGGGAUCAUCGGUGUCGUCAGGCUGGGGCACAUUGCUUGAUAGUGAACCACAGCAGAUUUCCUUAUAA